AUGGGUAAAAAAAAUUUUAAAAAUCUUUAUAAGCGUAUUAAAUCCGAAUUAGGGGAUAUCACUUGCAAAAUUUCAUACUUUAGUGAUAAUUUUGACGAAAAUAAAAAUUAUGCUGGCAUGAUUGUAUAUGCAGUUAAUGGGAAUUUUGCCUGGAAUAAUACUGGUGGUAAAGCAUCAGGAUAUAAAGGAAGAAGCUUUUAUGUUGUUAUACAGUGUACCAAUAACUGGCCAUCUGAUGUUCUUAAAGACGUUGGGAAUGGUCAAGUUCAUCACCAUGUUAUUAAAAGUACAUUUGGAUUUGAUUACAAUCAAGAUAUUGUUUGUUGCGGAGGAUUUUCAUAUCAUAACAAACAAUUGAAAUUCAGUAGUCUUUGGUUAAAUGGAAGAAGCCAAGAAGGUUGGGAAAGUGAUGGAUCAAAGUAUUUAAGCCGUCCUGAACAAAUUUUAGUAGAGCAUUGUUUUGAAGAAUAUAAAAAAUUUG